UGAAUGCACAAAAACAAAAUGAACACACAAAAAAAUAAUAACAAAUAAAAAGUUACUCCCAGUUUCUCCUUUGUCGAUUACAAAUUUUAUUUUUUUGUUUCCAUUGCGCUUACUGAUUAGUUAAACUGUAAUAAAAAAACAUUGGAAUAACAAGUGGACAACCACAGUAGAUGAGAUAAAAGUUGUUCGGAAAUAAAAUCCAGUUGCGGUUUGAAAUUGUAACUACGCACACUAUUAUAUCAAGUUCACUCCCUACAAAAUGGCUGCUUUUCGUAUGGGUCCAAAGACAUUGCCAGUUUUAAUGUCUCUAUUUCAAAAAAAUCGACAAAAAGUAUGUGCUGCUUUAAAGGAACAUAAAUCCGUAAAGGACAAGAGCUACGUGCUACUAGCUGGCGGCGAUGAUGUUAGUUUUAAUGAUACCGAUGUAAGCUAUCUUUUCCGCCAGGAAUCUUACUUCCAAUACAUGUUUGGCGUAAAAGAACCUGGUUGCUAUGGUGUACUCAAUGUUGAUGCCGGUCAGUCGACAUUAUUUGUGCCACGUUUACCAGAAGAAUAUUCCACUUGGAUGGGCAAGUUAUAUACUUUGGAUGAAUUUAAAAAGAUGUACGAAGUGGAUGCAGUGCGUUAUGUGGAUGAAUUAAAUACAUUCUUUGAAAGCGCACAACCCUCAGUCAUACUUACCUUGAGUGGACCUAACACAGAUAGUCGUUUGGUAUCCACACCAGCACGUUUUGAUGGAAUUGAGAAGUUUGUUGUCGACUGUACUCUUUUGCAUCCAGUAAUUGCUGAGUGUCGUGUCAUCAAGUCCUCCGAAGAGAUUGAAGUUUUACGCUAUGUCGCCAAAGUUUCUUCAGAUGCGCAUAUACGCGUCAUGCAAUUCAUGCGUCCAGGACGCACAGAAUAUGAGGGUGAAGCGGUAUUUUUACAUCAUUCUUACGCUGUUGGCGGCUGCAGACACGCUUCCUACACUUGUAUCUGUGGCAGUGGUGUAAACUCGGCAGUACUACAUUACGGACAUGCUGGCGCGCCAAACGAUGGACCUGUGCGUGAUGGUGACAUGUGCCUAUUCGAUAUGGGCGCCAACUAUUGCGGUUAUGCAGCAGAUAUUACUUGCAGUUUCCCAGCUAACGGUAAAUUCACCGAAGAUCAGAAAUUUAUUUACAACACCGUCUUGGCUGGUCGAAACGCUGUGUUGCAGGAAGCACGCGAAGGAGUAUCAUGGGUUGAUAUGCACAAAUUGGCAUGUCGUGUUAUGCUCACAAAAUUGAAGGAGGGUGGUAUGCUGAAGGGCGAUGUAGAGGACAUGCUUGCCGCUGGUUUGGCAGGCAUUUUUCAACCACACGGUCUGGGACAUUUACUCGGUCUGGAUGUGCAUGAUGUUGGUGGUUAUCUAACAGGGCAACCAGACCGACCGACGGAGCCAUGGCUGUCUAAACUGCGUUUUGCACGCACACUGAAAGCGGGCAUGUACGUGACUGUGGAACCGGGUUGCUACUUCAUCGAAUACCUAAUGGAUCGCGCUCUUGCCGAUCCGAAUUUGAACAAGUUUAUUGUUAAGGAGGUUUAUGAGCGCUUCCGCAAAUUCGGCGGUGUUCGCAUUGAGGACGAUGUGCUGAUCAAAAAGGAUGGCUGUGAAAAUUUUGCCAUAGUGCCACGCACUGUAGAGGAAAUCGAGAAGACCAUGGCAACUCGUGUGGAGUAGGGAACCUGAUUAUUGUCUCGCAACUAUAUACAUACAUAUUUACGAAUAAUCUAACAAGCCGUAUAUUGAUUGUUUGGUAUGAGCGGUAUGAUAAACUCGCUUGUCGAUUAGAUUGUUGUGAAUGAUUUAUAUACCUUAAAGGAGGAAUAUGUGCUUUAUUAUUGGUAUUUCUAUAACCCAUUGAUUUUUAUAUAUUUUAUUUUUAUUAUUUAGCCAUAUUACAUAUUGAGUGAAUAAAAGUCAAACUAUUAUUCUUUUUAUAUUAA